GGGGUCAUGUCUGAAUGCUACAGCUGUUCACCAAGGUCUGACCAACAUUCUUUAUGUGGCUUGCUGUCUGAAUGGGAGAGGCAGAAAAGAUCCCAGGGAGGCUGACACUUUGCAAAAAGAGACCGGACGCAAUCAAAAGACCCUCUUAUGGAGAAGGACCACGGCAGACAGAGACAAGGGGACAGGCUGCUUCAAUAAGUGACCUCCUGAAUUUAGCAACUGCUUUCUGCACUGGAGAAAAGCCCAUGCUGGAUUCAGGGAAAGAGAAUGGAAAGCUGGGUUCCAAGUCUGCCGUAGCCUGGGUGUGUUGACCUGUGAGUACACACGUCGGUUUAUAUGUUGGAUGAGGGCUUGUGCUGCAGAGCCUGGGCCAUGAAAGGUGUUCUGCUGCUGGUUUCUAGUGUGGGUAUCCUGCUCCCAAGUGUGGGCAGCUGCCCCAAGAAAUGUUUGUGCCACCCAUCAUCAAACUCUGUGGACUGCAGUGGUCAGGGGCUGUCAAAGAUCCCCCCUGACUUACCCCCAUGGACAGUAACUCUGCUCUUACAAGAUAACCAGAUCCACUGGCUUCCUGCUCUUGCAUUUCAUUCUGUAUCACUGCUCACCACUUUAAAUUUAUCUAACAACUCUCUUUCAAAUCUGGCUGCAGAGGCUUUCUAUGGACUUCCACACUUGCAGGUUUUAAACAUAACCCAAAAUUCCCUGCUCUCCAUAGAGAGCAGCUUUGCCCAUGCGCUGCCUGGGCUCAGGGAGCUGGACCUAUCAUCCAACAGCCUCAGCAGCCUCCCCACAUCUCUGGGCAGGCCUUGGAAGAACCUGACGGUGUUUGCCAUGCAGCAGAACCAUCUUCUACAUCUGGAUCGUGAACUUCUAGAGGCCAUGCCCAAGGUGAGGCUGGUACUUCUUAAGGACAACCCUUGGAAAUGUGACUGCCACUUACUGGGUCUAAAACUCUGGCUGGAGAGAUUCAUCUUUGAAGGGGGAGAAACAGAUGGUGCCAUCUGCAGGCUGCCUGAACCCUGGAAGGGAAAGGACCUCCUUUCUAUUCCUCAUGAACUAUACCAACCUUGUCCUCUACCUUCUCAGGAUUUGGCACCCUCACUAGUCCAGCAGCCUAGUGCCACCCAACAAGAUGCCCAGAAGUCUCCUGAGAAUAGCUCAGGACAGCAAGAUCCCUUGGAGUGUGAGACCAAACCUAAACCAAAGCCAACCAACCUGCGGCACGCUGUGGCCACUGUGGUCAUCACUGGGGUGGUAUGUGGGAUCGUAUGCCUCAUGAUGUUAGCAGCUGCUAUCUACGGAUGUACCUACGCAGCUAUCACAGCCCAGUACCAAGGGAGACCCUUGGCACCAACCAGGAAGUCUGAGAAGAUUGGAAGUAAGGAACCGAUGGAACUGAUGGACACUUCACCAGCCUGAGAGUCUUCAUGUCCCAGGCCCCCUUGAUCACUGAAGGCCAGAAGAAAUGUCUGAGUGUGCCUGAUGUGUUCACAGCUCCUGUCUGUCCCACGUUUUAUCUUCCAAAACAACUAAGGAAAAAAAAUGUGUCCAAAAAAUAAAACAAAAUACUCAACAGGAAGAAAUUUAUGCUGCACCUUUUAAAUACCAUAGAUAAAAUAGAGACGAUCAUAUCUUGCAACUGAGAAGAUAUGACAAGAAGUCUAUGUGUAGGAACAAAAAGAAGAGCAAAGCCAUCUCUUUUAGGUACCUGUCUCUGGACUAAGCUGGAUUCUGCAGAGCAACAAGAAUUCUGACAUGUGUGCCAAUAGGCAUUUUUAGGAGCUCUAGGGGCCACCACUUGGAGUGCCUGGGAAUAGGCUGGUGCUGUUUCCCAACUGGUACUGCAUGCCUCUAUUAUUCCAGUUCAUGCUAGACUGGUGGGAUGUUGAGAUGUUGCGUAUGUUACACAUUUAGUGAAAAUGUCUGUUGGUUGGGAAUUUCAUAGCUGGCCACAAGAGUCAGAUUAUAUUUAAUUUUCUAAGUCAGAAAACCAUUUGGGGCUCUCUAAGCAGCAGGGGAAGAUGAAGGUUCCAUGUCUGGAUAAUGGGACUCAGGCCUGGAGCCUGGGCAAGGUUUUGAUGGGAAGGAACACAGAGAGAAUGGUAAACUAGAAUACAGAACAGAUACCAUCAAGAGGUCAUGUCCACCAACUGGAACCUUACCUUAGAACUCUCCCAGCAAGGAUGGGUUUAGAUUAGGCUGAAUGGCAGUUGUGUCUCUGCAUCAGCAUCUGCAUCCGCAGUACACAGAGGGCAUGGAUUUGUACAGCUACACCCACGCAUAAACACCCUCAGAGCAAUCAGCCUACCCACUAAUGAAAGGCAGCCGUGUCGGGUGGGAGCCAGUAGCUGUUGGUCACCACCCAGAUUGUAUGAUCAACACUCUGGGAUAGGAAAUAAGAUGGAAGUUUGAGGGGGAGGGGGAGUUACUGGGGGGGGGGUCGUGGAACUCGAGGUGCUCGGGGACAGACAUCCUAGCUAGUGCCUCUACAUGGCUUUAAAAAGUUCAGGUAUGGCUUGCAAAGUCCGCAGACUUGGUCUGAGAGAGUUGCAUGCAAAGUGAAUUUUUAUAAAUCGAAUCAUCAUUUUAAUGCAGCAGGGGAGCUCGCUAUUUAAAGGAACCUUUCAUGGAAUCUUUUCUGUAAUGGAAAUAAUUGGCUCCAGAUUGAUGCAUUUUUUUUUCCAAAUUUGCAUUUCUAUGCUAGGGUUUCU